AUGUCCCUGAGUGAUAUUCUUAAAGCUGAAGGCCUCUCGGAAGCUCUCAUCAAGGUGGCAACCGAUGCGGGGUGGACUCUGUCCACCUUCCGCCAUGCGGCGGAUUCCCCAGCUGAUCUUGAGAAAGUGAUUCCAGACAUAUUUGGAUCUUCAGAGCUUUCCCGUCUUCAGAUUGCGCAAGCUCGAGCAGCGUGGGCUGGGUUGUCGAGCAGCGCAUCUUCGGCCCCGCCUGCAGUUCCCACAUCAGCUUCAGAGACUAGUUCUUGGGUAGAAACCUUCGCGCCAAAAAUCACAGCUUUGAAGCUUACGGAGUACAAGAAAGCCUUUCUUGCUGCAUACACGAGCGAGAUAUUGUCUCCAUGCUCAAUGCCUUCGCUUCGUCUGGUAUCUCUAGCUGCUCAUCAAGAAAGUAAGAAAGACUACAAGUGGAUUCCCUGGAAGCAUCGCAUGUCAGAAGAGAAAGCGGCCGAGCUUCAAUUGAGUAGGCCAGCCAAACAGCCGCGUUUGGAAGCGCUCGGCAUUUCCAGUUUGCUUCUUGAUGAGCCUCCCACGUUGGAGGUGGGCGAUAACUUCAUGGGGGUCAGUGCAGUGCAAAGGAUCUUAGCAAUCCACGAUGUUGCACUGGCCAUGGUAGGCUCUUGUCACCUGGCUCGCCUGAAAGCUUAUAGUAGCAAGUUCAUACAUCUUUUGUCUCAGCGCCACGAAGCUUCAUCAGGCUUGCGAGCUCCCACAAUUCUAGAGGCCCAGCAGGCUGAUUGCAAAUUGUGGCAGGGGAUUUACGCUCUGGUUCUUGAGAAGGAUUGGAACUUGAACGAUGCAAUCUUCGAGUAUACCGAAAUCAGGGGUGACAUGUCAAAUUUGCUUCAGGCAAGGGCUAGGCCCCCUCCGCCCCAGCGCUUCAAUGAGAAAGGCAUCAAGGGCAAAGGGCUUGGUCGCUUCAUGUCGGAACAUUGGAAGGGCUACAGCUUUGAAGGCAAAGGCAAAAGCCCCGGCAAGGAAAAAGGUUCCAAAGGCAAACCCUCGGGCAAAGGGGGUGCGGGCUCCUGGGUGAAGCAUGUUCAGGUCAAUGGCGAGACCAAACAAUUGUGCAUGCAGUGGCAAUCCGGGAAAUGCAGCAGGGGUGCGAGCUGUGCAUUCUUGCACAACUGUGCGUACCCGAAGGGUGAUGGCUCCGCCUGCAUGAGCAAGGCCCACAAUGCCCUCAACCACGCUUCGACUUCGCACUGA